CCUACUCCAACAUACCUAUAUAAGGCAUCUCAAAGGAGACAUUUUAGGCCCUUGCGUCGCUCACCGUGGUUUUACUCGGUGUGGAAAGCGAGCUCAAUCGUCUGGGCGUGGGUGUUUGUUGACCCCCACUAUCUUAUCACUUGCACCACAUCGCCGCGUACCACCAGCUCGGGAAUCAGCCGCGCGAUCGCGAUUUCCCCAUGGCGACCGAUUUCAUAAUGCCGCGGCUUCCAGGAGAGCAGCAGACUCCUUACUACGCCGCUGCUUACCCGCAGCGCCCCCAAUACCACCCCCAACAGCAGGUUCCAUCUCAACCUCCUGCUAUCGCGACUGCUUACCCCACGUCCACCCAACUCAACUCUCCACUCUCACCGCUCGGGACACCGGGAAACAUCUCACCGACAUCAUCCAAGAACCAUCUCACCCGCCAAAUCCGGCCUCUGUAUGUCCCCGCGGUGCUACGCCCGACCGAGUUCCCAUCCAAGGAGCCGCCCGCUCCUCCACAGCCCGAGGACGACAAUGGCACGACCGAGGAAUUCCUGCGCCCAAGUAGCAGCAGCUUUAUGAGCCUCGGCGGUCUGAGCGCGUUCGGCCGGCUGAGUAGGCGGUCCACGGGCGACAGCGCGAAAUUCGUUGACAGCAAUUGGGAUCUCGGUCAGUUCCCAGUUCCUACAGGCCCGCCCACUCGGGAGCACUGGAAGCCCGACCACGAGUCGACCAUUUGCGACCACGCGACCUGCAAGCGCCACUUCAGCUACUUCACGCGGCGCCAUCACUGCCGCAAGUGUGGCAACAUCUUUUGUGACCAGCACAGCGCCUACGAGAUCCCCCUCGACCAGGACGCCAACUUCAACCCGCGCGGCACGCCAAGCCGGGCGUGCGGCCACUGUUACACGCAGUUCAAGGAGUGGCGACGCUUGGCGACGAGCAAGCCGCCGAGGCGCGAAUCGACCGGGGGCAUUCGCCAGUGCCAGACCGACACUCCGUCGACCCCCGUCGCGGCGUCACCUACCGGUGGCGGCAUCGGCAGCCUGCCGCUUCACACGCCCGAUGCGGCCCACAGCGUGCCGAGGGAUUGGAACUGGAGCACCUUUUAACGUCGGUUGCCGGUGAAGGACCUUUGAUACCAGGCACAACACUAAAGAUUCAACGCCCAACGAUGGCAACGGCGCUUUCGAAAGACGGGGCUGCCACAGCGCGCGAGCAAGGAGAGAUCUGUGCGCAGUCUUCUUUUGCGCAAUGACAGAACUGGCAGACGCCAUGAUGAAGACC